AUGGAACCUCAACACAAUGUCGUGGAGAGCAACUACAAGGCAGAUGUCGCAUGCUGUAAUGAUGUUGGAGGGCUCUUUGUGAGUCAGCGCCUGCUUUACAUUGGCCUCGCAUUCUUUUUGUUUGUUGUUUUUUUUGUAAUUGCAUGGUCAGUACUGAAGAAGUAUUAUCCUCGGUUUAUGUGCAUGUCAGUACAAAUUCAGUGCGACGUGUCUUCUCGCAUAAUAUCCGCCCUCCAUACGAUCAUUGUAGUCCCAAGCUUAAUUGGCGGAGUUGUCUCAAUGAAGUGGGGAGACCACUUUGAGCCGCUCAGCGAUGUAUCAUUUCUACAGGGAUUAUUCUGCAUCAGUCUGGGGUACUUUUUGUACGAUACCAUAAUAUUAUUGCUGUAUCGGCAACCGAACUGGAUUGGUUUUAUUGUUCAUCAUGCGGUAUCAAGUAUCCCGUAUGUUAUUUACCUGUUUGCAGGCUCUUGCCCAUAUGGGUUGUUUAUUCUUGCCUGUUUUAUGUUGGUGGAGGCGACAAACAUAUCACUUCACAUACGAAGCACUUUGGAGGAAAAUGGCCGGUGCAGCACUAAGCUCUACACUGUUGCACUCUACAGUACCUGCAUUUUAUGGAUUGUGUUUCGUCUCAUCAACCCAACAGCCCUUUUAAUUAUCACACAUAAGUACAUCCUUCCAAGCCUUCCGCCUAGGCAUGCAUCGUGUUUGAUUCCUAGUUUGAUUUGUGCCUAUGUCAUUAAUUUCUUUUGCUACGCUGUCUUUAUUAUGUUGUGCAAAGAGGUGCUGACCCACCACGGAAAAUUGCCUCAUAUGGGAGGUGUAGUUUCCAUAGAUUCAAUACAAGUGGGGGAACAGUGUCUGUCAUGUACAACAGCGUAUGAUCAUGACGCAAUGGAAUUAAGGCAAUUACAUCACUGUAUAUAUGGGGACUAUGAAGUUCUUCUGGAGCAUCUGCCAACGUCUGAGUUGAAAGUAGAUGGUAAAGCCGCUGAGCCCAUGAAGAUCAAUGCCAAUGAGGCGCCUCCCACAUCAUCCCUCCGUAAUGGGGGAAAAAAGGAUAGCAAAUGA